UUCUCAAUUGAUGGAUCAUGGUGGGCUUGACACUGGAGGUCUGAGUUAGAAAAAUAUUGCAAUUCUAGCAAAAUGGGAGCAGAGAUUCUGUCAUGAGCAUUCUGCUUUAUGGAGAAAGGUGGCGGCUAGUAUUUAUGGGACUGAUUUCUUUGAUUGGCAUUCAAUCUGCAAGAUUAAUGGUUGACUUAGAUGCCCUUGGAAUAAUAUUUAUAAGCAAUCGAGAUUGGUGGAAAAUUUCUCCCUUUUCAAGGCUGGCAAUGGGUAAAGAUUUUUCUUUCAGCAUGAUGAUUGGCUUGGGUAAUAUUCUUUGAAAUUAUCUUAUACAAAUUUGUUGAAGGUGGUUUCUUACCUUCUUAGUUCGGUUAAUGGCAAUUGGGGUUCUGCUCUUUUUUCGUGGAAGCUGGAAACUAGAUGAAGUUUGAAGGAAUUUGAAUUGUGAAUAUUGAUUACUGCUGUCUUCUUUGAGUUCAGUGAGAUUACAGGCUAAAGAAGAUCAAAUUUGUUGGAAAAUCGACCCCUCUGGAUUAUUUCCUAUAAGAUCUUUGACAAAGCAUCAAAUAUCUCAUCCUCCUUUGAAAAGUUAGUGUCUUGGCAUGGAUCAUGUUCAAUGGCCAUCUCAAUACGAUUGAUUUGCUCCCAAAACAGCUUCCAUCUUCAGCCUUGCAGGCCUCUCUGUGUGUUUUAUGUUUUGCAGAUAAUGGAAGGCAGGAUCACGUCUUCCUUCAUUGUUGAAAUACAAUGGAGCGUUGGUUAUUUAUUUAUUUAAUAUGUUCAAAUCUUUAUUGGGUUUUCUCAAAGGAUUUAAGGAGCAACUUACUUCAGUUUCUUUAUGGGCCGAUCUUAUCAUCUCAAGGACCCAAAGGAGAAAGCUAAAUCAGAGACACGAGAUUGGUUGAACAAUUUGGUUAGUGAGUUGGAAUCUCAGAUUGAUAAUUUUGAAGCUGAGAUGGAGGGUCUAUCUGUGAAGAAAGGAAAAUCAAGGCCACCUAGAUUGAUUCAUCUGGAAACUUCUAUUACUCGGCACAAGGCUCAUAUAAUGAAGCUGGAACUAAUCUUGAGACUGCUUGAUAAUGAUGAAUUGAGUCAUGAGGAUGUCAACGAUGUCAGGGAGUUUUUAGAAGACUAUGUGGAAAGGAAUCAGGAGGAUUUUGAUGAAUUCAGUGAUGUGGAUGAUCUUUACAGCUCAUUGCCACUCGAUAAGGUGGAAUCCCUUGAAGAUCUGGGUACAAUUUGCCCUCCUAGCCUUGUGAAGGGUACAACAGCUCUCAGCUUGAAGACUACUUUGGCAACAACGGGAACUCAAGUGCCUGUUACUGUUGCUCCUAAUCAUCAACCAAAUACUGUCACUCAGGAUCAGGUUGAUGAUUCAACUUUGCCAGAUGGUAACACUGAUACUCUUUUGAAGACCCCACCUCCUAAGAAUAGUGUCCUUGGUUCUUCUGCUGCUACAACACCUACCGGGAACCAUGCAGCCUCAACUUCCUUGAAUGGUGCAGUGCAUGGGUCUGGCUUGUCCGCUACAUCAGCCAUUCUUCCAGGUUCAAGUUCUGUUCGUGCUGUGGAGGCUACGGGUGCUCCUAAUUCAUCUCCGGUAAAUAUGCCCACUUCUGCAAAGGAUGAAGAAAUUGCUAGCUUCCCAGGCCGUAAAUUGUCUCCAUCAUUUGCGGAUACUGGACUUGUAAGGGGUGGCAUGGGAAGAGGUGUCACUGCUAAUCAACCAGCCUCUAGUUCCACCCAUACUUCUGGUAUUGUGGUUCCUAGCACUAUAACUCUCGGUAACGUUUCUUCUGCCUCUGAAGUCACAAAGAGAAACAUUUUGGGAUCUGAAGAACGGGCUGGUAACAGUGGCUUGGUGCAGUCUAUGGUUUCUCCUUUAAGUAAUAGAAUGGUUUUGCCUACAGCAGCUAAACCUAGUGAUGGAACGAGCUCAGUUGAUCCUAGCAAUGUUAGUGAUGCAGCGGCUAUAGGAAGUCGAGUUUUCUCUCCAGUGGUUCCUAGCAUGCAGUGGAGGCCAGGAAGUUCUUUUCAAAAUCCGAAUGAAGGAGGACAAUUCCGUGGAAGAGCUGAAAUAGCGCCUGAUCAGAGAGAGAAGUUCUUGCAGCGUCUGCAGCAAGUUCAGCAACAGGGUCAUAGUACACUUCUUAGCAUGAAUCUUGGUGGAGGGAACAACAAACAAUUUUCUUCGCAACAGCAAAGUUCACUUCUACAGCAGUUCAACUCCCAAAAUUCAUCUGUUAGUUCUCAAGCUGGUCUGGGAAUUGGAGUUCAAGCACCAGGAGUUAAUGUUGUUACAUCUGGUUCAUUACAGCAGCAGCCAAGUUCCUUCCAGCAGUCUAAUCAGCAGGCAUUACUGACAAGUGGGGCAAAAGAAUCUGAUGUUGCCCCUGUAAAAGUUGAAGAGCAGCAGCAGCCACAGCAGCAACAGAGUUUACCUGAAGAUACUACUACUGAUUCUGCUGCUGGUUCUGUCCUUGGAAAGAAUCUGAUGAGCGACGAUGAUUUAAAAGGCGCAUAUCCAGUUGAUACUCCAGUUGGCGUACCUGUUUCAUUGACUGAGACUGCUUCAGUGUCGAGAGAGGAUGACCUUUCUCCAGGUCAACCUUUACAGCAUGGUCAACCUUCUAAAAGUCUUGGUGUCAUUGGCCGAAGAAGUGUUUCUGACUUAGGUGCCAUUGGUGAUAACCUCGGUGGAUCCUCGUUGACUACUAGCGGAAUGCAUGAUCAAUUCCAUAAUUUGCAAAUGCUUGAGGCUGCAUUCUACAAGCUACCUCAGCCAAAAGACUCAGAGCGUCCGAGGAGCUACACUCCAAGGCACCCUGCAGUUACUCCUCCGAGCUAUCCUCAAGUGCAGGCACCUAUUAUAAACAAUCCUGCUUUAUGGGACCGAUUAGGUCUUGAGACCUAUGGCACUGACACAUUGUUCUUUGCAUUUUACUAUCAACCGAACACCUAUCAACAAUAUUUGGCUGCUAGAGAAUUAAAGAAGCAAUCUUGGAGAUAUCACAGAAAAUAUCAGACAUGGUUCCAAAGACAUGAAGAGCCAAAAGUUGCUACAGAUGAAUAUGAGCAGGGAACUUAUGUGUACUUCGAUUUCCAUUUUAAUAACGAUGAUCUACAACAUGGAUGGUGCCAAAGGAUUAAAACAGAGUUCACUUUUGAGUAUAACUACCUUGAAGAUGAACUCAACAUAUAGAGGAUGUAUGGCAGUGAUCAAGUGAUUCUAAGCUUUCCCAGGUUUCAAAAUUUCCGCCAUCUUUUUGAAGUUCUAACUCUUUUCCUGUUUUACAGAAACUAGAGAUAAAAAUGUAUCCGUAGCUUGCCAACUUGUUGUAUUAAAUAUACUGGGCAAUGGGUAAAAAGAACGGAAGUCUGCACAUUAUAAUCUUUGGUGAAGUCUCAUUUCUUGUCCAGAUGCUUGAGUUCUUUUCACUGAUUUGAGAUAAACUUUUGAUAGCAUGAAGGGGUCUGUUCUAUCAUCUUUAUUUGUCAUUUUCAGGUUCCAUAUCAGGCAAGGUUGAUUUAGUCUUUUUACUUCCCAUUCCCUUUUUAAUUGUAAAGGAGACAUGAUACAUGUUGAGUUAUAAAGAUAAGAUAUUAGCAUGCGUUCCCUUGUAUUA